AUGAGCCUGCAUCAACCGCCGCCCGUUACUGACACAACGUCGACAGGAGAAUGUCCCAUAUGCAAGUCCACUCGCUACAUGAACCCGAGUCUGCGCUUCCUCGUCAACCCGGAAUGCUACCACAAAAUGUGCGAAUCGUGCGUCGAUCGCAUCUUCUCCCACGGCCCGGCGCAAUGUCCUAUACCCGGCUGCAAACGUACUUUGAGGAAGCAUCGUUUCCGGGAGCAGACAUUCGACGACAUCAAAGUUGAGCGGGAGGUGGACAUUCGGAGACGGGUCGCCAAGGUCUUCAACAGGCGUGAAGAGGAGUUCGAAAGCCUGCGCGAUUACAACGACUAUCUCAACGAUGUGGAGGACAUUACCUUUAACCUCAUCAACAACAUCGAUGUCGAUGAGACCACCAGACGCUUCGAAGCCUACCAGAAAGCGCACGAAAAGGAGAUCGAAGAGAAUGCACAGCUAGCGGAGGAGGAGAAGCAGCCGCAAAACCAGGUUCAGCUGAAGAAGCGUAUGGAUAGGCAGGCGGCAGCCGAGAGGCAGCGACAGCUCCAGGUGGCAUCAGAGGCUCGGACCGGCACCGCCGGGAUCACAAUCAAGGGGCUGAAGGCGAAGCAGAAGGCGGAGCCGGAACCGCCGGUGGAUCCUUUCGGUGGCUUCCGUUUCGUUGACAAGUAUUUCGCGCUGCAGAAUGACCACGUCUGGGAGGGCAUACAGGAUACGAAGAAGGAUAUCAGGCAUACUGCGGGCGGGUAUGAUAUUGCCGACUACACUCAUCGAUCGCUGGUGGCCGCGUUUUCCGGGCUCGGCGUGUUUAUCGCAGACGAAUUUACCGAGCGGACUAAGGCAGCGCAGGACGACGAGGCUGUAGGGACUGCGAGAGCAGACAUCGGCCUGAAGGACGCGCAGAUGGUGGAUGCUGCCUGA